AUGUCGGCCCCAGCAAACGAAAAGACGACGCCCAUCACCUUUGGUGCCACCAUUGAGCGCUCCACGAGCCCAAGCCAAUGCCGCCCUUUGAUCUCUGAACCCGAACCCGAACCCCAGCAUCCCCUCCGCACCCACCCUUCGCACGACUCCAACAUGUCCUCAACCACAGCCGACGCCGCAGCCAAAAAAGAAUGGGCCGCCGACCCCUCGAACCCCUACUCCGCCUUCUUCGACGCCAGCGCUCCCCAAUCCAAGUCACAUCUCGACGUCAAGGUUCACGACCUCGAAAUGGGCGCCAAUGGCGUCCCCCUCAGCGUAGCGUCUACACAACAGCCCAAGGUCUCGGUCGAUGGCCGUGUCAAGGAGUGCUCCAUGUGGCCCUCGAGGCAGGCCGUCAUGGACAAGCGCAAGUCGUACCAGCGCAAGCGUGGCUGUGCCUUUUUCCGCAAUUUGACCAACAAGCAGAGAAUGUGGGCUAAGAUCGUCAUCGCUCUUCUCGUCGUCGCUGCUGCCGUCGGCCUCGGCGUGGGCAUCUCGAGGGCCGUGGGUGGAGGGGUUUGGGCGGGCAAUGGCAAGUCCAAAGAGAUUCCCGGCUCACAUCCUUGA